AGAUGUGACCUUAUCAAGCUCGAUGGUACCCCAGUCUUAGAGGAACGAUCUACGUACACGCAUGCUCAAAAGAUGCGAGCCGCUGCAACUUUUGGGUUUGGAAAAAUCCAUGGUUUAGGCAUGCAGGCCUGGCACCAAAGUGAAGUUUCCGGCAAGAUGCUGGGGAACCCUUCAGUCUCUGAGACGGUUUCUACUUACAUGCUCAGUCUUCGUCGUCGAAAGACGCAGAAGGGGGAUACUCCAAUUAGUGCUCGAGCUGUGUCGUCUGACUUACUUGAGGAUCUCUACCAUUUCAAUAGUCAGCCUCGAUAUCAAGGCUCUCAAACGUUCCAAAGUAGUUUUCAACCAGCUCGCAAAGGUGAACUAGGUCCUCGUGCACGCGCAUCGAUGAUCCUUGGCUACAGUUUAGCCUUUUGCAGUCUACUCCGUGUCGAUGAACUGCUGAAGAUACAGUUGCAAGAUCUGACACUGUCAGAGAACUCACUUACUGGGGAAAGUAAACUUACUCUACACCUUCCCUUCCGCAAAACCAGCCAGUUUGGAGGUGAGUACACAAAUAUGUAUGCAGUAAUAAUUCCACGCACCACGUCUAAAUAUUCUUAG